AUGGAUAAUCUCCUAGAUUCGUGGCCAAAGGAGGUAGGUCUGCAGAAAACAGAUCUUGAUUCACGGGAGUUCAUCCAACUGGUUGAGAUCGAAGAGAAGCAGAAGUGCUUUCAUGCCUGGCUGGAAAGAAGGCAACUUGCACUGGAGGAAAGACAAGCUCUACAUUGUCGCAACUAUGGCGAGUUUGCUGCCUAUUGGUCGGAAGUCAGCGAAGGUGCUCAGUCAAGCUUUUCCCUAAGACAUGAAAAAGGGUGGCGCAAAUGGACCAAGACGUGUCAAAGCUAUGCGAUCGAAAUUCAUGACCUCAUGAUGAACAUCAAGCCACUACUUGACAUUGUCAGUUCCCUUGGAGCACCAUACAGUGGAGCUGCUAUUGGAACGCUGACAGGACUAUUCGCGAUAGCUGUAACGAAAACCGAGCUGGACAGCACCGUUUGCUCUGCCAUCACAGGCAUUAGAGACAGACUUCCCGGCUUUCAGAUGUAUGAAAAAAUCUAUCAGCACAACUCUGAUCUCAAAAAGAAGAUUGCCCUGUCCUAUAUUCGUUUCAUUGAACUUUCAAUGUCCAUCACAAAGUACUGCUUGCGAUCAGGUUCAUAUCGAUGGGCUAUUGCGCUCUUUGAUCCCACCAAGUUCAUGGACCAGAUGAACCUAGCAAAUGAAGCCGUGAUGCAGGUUCGACUCAAAUGUGAGGAGCUACUCAACGAGAGAGUGUAUGAUCUGGAUAAGCAUAUCAAAUCCCUCAAGACUGAAACCCUGGAUCUGAAGACUGAGAUUAGAGGGCUGCGAGACUCGGCGAAUAGAGUCCAAAAGGAGAAGCACACAGAAGUCUUACUCAGCCUCAAAGCAGAUUUAGGAAUUCAAACCUUUGACUUUCAGCUUCAACGCCAAGAGCUCGACAAGUAUCACAAGGGGUUGCUCAACGAGAGCAGAGAAGAAGGCCACUUCUUCCAACAAAUGUCCGCCCACCGAAUCAAAGAGCUGCAAGAAACCCGCGCUUUCGUGUCGUGGUCCACAGACGACACGUCCAGCGUCUUGUUCCUGCAGGGGCAAAACAGUCCGGAAAUCGGCUAUCACAAGAGCAGUAGCUGGAUUUCACCCUUUGCGGUGGAUCAAGUGAUGCAGUUGCAAAAGACUGAUCCCGGUGAUCCCUUUGGUUACUGCAUGUUGCCCGAGGAUUCAUCUGGCAUUCAUUCCGUGCUUCCCAGAAUUCUAUUCCACUUGCUAAAUCACCGUCUCUGCGACCUGGGACCGUCCGAGAAUCGCUCAAAGCUCCAGCACGAAAUAAAAAUGUACGCGGCCUGUCAUCUAGACAAGCAAACGUCAGAGCGUCGCAGGGCCCCGAGCAGCGAGGGCGACAAAGAUGAUGAACCGACGGCCAUACUGCAGCGGGUGGCUCUCGCCGUCCUUGCGCUAUACCCAGCGCAUCAGCCUGUCCGCAUCGUCCUCGAUCGUAUCGACAGGUGUCCCAAGGACGAGCAGUACGAUUUGAUGGAUCUGCUGGGGUCGCUGAUUCAAAAAGCUGCCUGUAAUUUAAAGAUUCUUUGUGUGGCUGACUCUGCCGCUUGGAGUGUAUCCAAAGCAACAUAUGGCCGAACGUUUGGUGGUAGAGUGCACCUGGUGGAACUACAACAGAAGCUUCUGACAAUGGGAGGUGAGACUGAUUAUUGA